UUCUGCAACAACAAUGUCCAUGCUGAAGCCAACCACCAUGCUGCCAGACAUCUGUGACUAUGCUGCCACAGCCUGCUCGGGCACAGACUGCCUUGUUCCUCCAAGUAACUUCAAUGCCACCCUGGGAGUAGUGAUGAGCACGGUGCUCACCAUCAUGCUCGCCAUGGUCAUGUUCGCCAUGGGCUGCACAGUGGAGGCUGCAAAGCUGUGGGGCCACAUUAAGAAGCCAUGGGGCAUUAUCAUUGGCUUCCUCUGCCAGUUUGGCAUUAUGCCUUUCACAGCUUUUGCCUUGUCACUGGCUUUUAGGGUGCAGGCUGUGCAGGCAGUGGUCAUCAUCAUCAUGGGCUGCUGUCCAGGUGGCUCAAACUCCAACAUCAUCUGCUACUGGUUGGAUGGAGACAUGGACCUCAGUCUCAGUAUGACAACCUGCUCCUCUCUCCUGGCCUUGGGGAUGAUGCCUCUCUGUCUUUUAAUCUACACCAGUGUAUGGACAUCCAGUGACACCAUCAAGAUCCCGUAUGACAGUAUCGGUAUCACACUGGCAGCUCUAAUCAUCCCGAUCGGUGUGGGAAUGUACGUAAAGCACAGGUGGCCUGAGAUGGCAAAAAAGAUCCUGAAGGUUGGAUCCAUUGUUGGCUUGGUUCUCAUUAUUAUUAUAGCUGUGAUUGGAGGAGUCCUCUACCAGUCGUCCUGGACCAUUGCUCCCGUCCUGUGGAUAAUUGGCACCAUCUACCCGUUUAUUGGAUUGAGCCUUGGGUUCCUCCUGGCUCGCUUUGUGGGUCAACCCUGGUACAGAUGUCGAACCAUUGCCCUGGAGACAGGUAUCCAGAAUGCCCAGUUGUGCAGCACUAUCGUCCAGCUGUCCUUCACCCCAGAGGAGCUGGAAAAGAUGUUUGCCUUCCCCCUCAUCUACAGCAUCUUCCAGCUCGCGUCAGCACUAAUCUUUGUGGGAUGCUUCCAGCUUUAUAAAAGAUGUUGUGGUGGCGGUGGUGGCUCGUCUGCAAACAGUGACGCUCCAUACUUGGAAGGUCAGAACGCUGACGUAGAAGAGCAAAAGCACUGCCCACAGGAAAAUGGUGGCUUUGAGGGCGAUGAGAGCGGCAACAGGGAUGUGAAGGAUAAAAGCACUGACAAAAGCACUGCGCUGUGA